UUAAUUAUUCAGUAUAUUUUUUUCUUAUUUUUCUUCCUGUAAACAAGGAAAAAAUUAUUAAGUUAAUUACAAAAUAACAACAACAACUAAAAAAAUAUUUUAAAAAUUUUGAAAAUGCAUAAAGAAAAAAAGUGACCUUUAAAUUGUUUCUAAGAUGAAAAAACGUGAUACCAAAAUUUCUUUUUCAGUGUAAACAAUUUUAAUUGUGUUUCAAAUAAAUUUUUAACUAUUAAAUUUUAUAGCAAGAAGUAAAAAACAAAAAAAACUAGCCAAACAUCUGGAUUAACCCGUUAAAUCAUCUGUAAAUUAGGAAAAGAAAGAAAACAAAAAACCAAAAACAAUUUUAAAUAUAAAUCAUGUGAUUUCAAAGGAAAUUUCACUUUUAAAUUAAUUAAAAGUAAAACAACUAUCCAACAAAAUUCAACAUUUCGCAUUAACCGUUAUUGAACAAAAACAAAAUUACUAAUCAAUACCGAGUAUACGAUGACCGUAUGUCAAAAAACGAUGAAACGGCCGAGAAUAAAUCGUAGACAGAAAGUAAGGACAAAGAAAGGAAAAACUAAGGAAAAAAAAAUACAAACUCGAUACUAAAAAAAAAACAAAUUACUCUUUUAAAAGGAAAGCAAAUAUUGGAAGCCCCCCCGCCCUGCAAAAUUUGUAAUCCAUUUUUAUUUAAUCUUUUAUUAUUUCGGAUAAGUAAAAUUCUACUUGUCGAAAAAAUUUCACCAACAAAUUAUUCACCAUUCCUCAUUUUUGUUUAUUAUUCAUAAAUUUUUGGAAAUUUAUUUUGGAAAAAUUUUCAUGCUUUACAAAAGUACAAAAACUAAAUUAUUUUAAAUUAUAAAAACAAACUUUAUACAAAACGGAAAACAAAAAAAUCGAUUUGGGAGACGAAAGCACAAAAUUAUGGUCUUAAAUUUUUUAUUAAUAUCAACUGUGAUAAAAUCAACUUUUGGAGUUGUUACAACUGGUCUAUGGUUAAUACCGUUAAUAUUAGCUGCAAUAUCAUUUUAUCAUUAUGAUCGUUUUGAUCCAGAAUCACGUGUUGUCGAUCAAAAUAUUUUUCAUGCUGAAUAUGAUUUUAUUGUAAUUGGUGGUGGUUCAGCUGGUGCUGUUGUUGCAAAUCGUUUAACUGAAGUACCAAAAUGGAAUGUUUUACUUUUAGAGGCUGGACCAGAUGAAAAUGAAAUUUCUGAUGUACCAUCAUUAGCAGCAUAUUUACAAUUAAGUAAAUUAGAUUGGCAAUAUAAGACUGAACCAACAAAUAAAGCAUGCCUUGGUAUGAAAAAUAAUCGUUGUAAUUGGCCACGCGGUAAAGUAUUAGGUGGUUCUAGCGUAUUAAAUUAUAUGCUUUAUGUACGCGGUAAUCGUUUAGAUUAUGAACAUUGGGAAUCACUUGGUAACGAUGGUUGGGGUUAUAAUGAAGUAUUAAAAUAUUUUAAAAAAUCUGAAGAUAAUCGUAAUCCAUAUUUAGAAAAAAAUCCAUAUCAUGGACGUGGUGGGUAUUUAACUGUACAAGAAUCACCAUGGCAUACACCAUUAGUAGCAGCAUUUGUUGAAGCUGGUCGUGAAAUCGGUUAUGAAAAUCGUGAUAUUAAUGGUCAAAAACAAACUGGUUUUAUGAUUGCACAAGGUACAAUUAGACGUGGUAGCAGAUGUAGUACAGCAAAAGCAUUUUUACGUCCAAUACGUUUACGUCGAAAUUUACAUGUUUCAAUGAAUUCACAUGUUACUAAAAUCUAUUUUGAUUUAAAUAAUAUGAGAGCAAAAUCAGUGAAAUUUGUUAAAAAUGGUAAAACAUAUAGAAUAAAAGUUAAAAAAGAAAUUAUAUUAUCAGCUGGUGCUAUAAAUACUCCACAAAUAAUGAUGUUAUCUGGUAUUGGACCACGUCAACAUUUAGAAGAAUUAGGUAUUAAAGUAUUAAAAGAUUUACCGGUCGGUGAAAAUUUACAAGAUCAUGUUGGUGUUGGUGGUCUAACAUUUCUUGUUGAUAAACCAGUUGCUAUUGUACAAGAACGUUUUAAUGCACCAGCAUUAACAUUUCAAUAUGUAUUAAGAAAUCGUGGUCCAAUGACAACAUUAGGCGGUGUUGAAGGUUUAGCAUUUGUACAUACAAUUUAUUCAAAUGAUAGUUUAGAUUGGCCAGAUAUACAAUUUCAUAUGGCACCAGCAUCAAUUAAUUCAGAUAAUGGUGCUAGAGUUAAACAUGUUUUAGGUUUAAAAGAAACAUUAUAUCGUGAUGUUUAUAAACCAAUUGCUAAUAAAGAUAGUUGGACAAUAAUGCCAUUAUUAUUGAGACCACGUUCAAGAGGUUGGGUACGUUUAAAAUCAAAAAAUCCAUUUCAAAUACCAAUAAUGAAUCCAAAUUAUUUUACUGAUCCUUUUGAUAUUAAAACAAUUGUUGAAGGUACUAAAAUUGCAUUACGUGUUGCAAAAGCAAAAGUUUUUCAACAAUUUGGUUCAAGAUUAUAUCAAAAACCAUUAACAAAUUGUAAAAAUUAUCAAUUUUUAAGUGAUGAAUAUUUAGAAUGUCAUGCACGUACAAUAUCAAUGACAAUAUAUCAUCCAUGUGGUACAGCUAAAAUGGGUCCACCAUGGGAUAAUGAAGCUGUUGUUGAUUCACGUUUACGUGUUUAUGGUGUUCGAGGUUUAAGAGUUAUUGAUGCUAGUAUUAUGCCAACAAUAACAAGUGGUAAUACAAAUGCACCAGUUAUUAUGAUUGGUGAAAAGGGAGCUGAUAUGAUUAAAGAAGAUUGGAUGUCAAAUCCAGCUUAUAAAUUUGCAGAUAUCAGUGAACGUACAAAUAUUAUUGAAUCCCAUUAAUUAAUUUUUUUUUUUUUUGUAUUUAAUUGAAAGUUGGAAGUGCUACCUAUAAUGUGCCAUUUUAUAUUUUAAAAUUUCUUUAAUACAUGAACCAAUUUCUUAAAUUAUAUACAAAUUUCAUUCCUUCAAACAUUCAUCACAAACAACAAAACUUAAGCUUUAUUUAUUCAAAUUAAGUGAAAAAUAAGAUCAGAAUUAGAAAUUUCUAUACUUUGCAGUUACUUUUACAUAAUUUGAACAACUCUGUGGUGCUUAUUAUUUUAUUGAAAUCGUAAACGUAUACGCAUUAACAACAAACGUCAAAGCAAUUGCAUUGAAAGUAAACAGAUAAUUAGCAAUAAUUGACAACAAUGUUGACGUUGUCAAUAAUGAGCACCUUUGACAUUUACAUUUGACAAAUUCUCAUUAAUUCUUUUAUUUUUAUUUAAAAUUUUUCAUGUUUUUUGUUCUAAUUAUAAUUUUUGAUUAGUAUUAAUUAAACAAUGAAAAGCGAGUCAUUAAUUUUUAUAUUUAUUUAUAAUAGAAAGAGAAAGAGAGAUAGAGAAAAGAAAAUUUAUUUUUAUUUAAAUUAGUUCAUCCUUAUUAUUUUUUUAAAGAAAGCUAAAAUUUAAAUAAAGAAUAGUUUUAAGUCGCGAAAUUUUCUAAUACUAGGUAAAUAUUUUUUAUGAAAACCAUGUAUGUAUAAAUAAGUAUGUAUUAAAUUUGUUCCAAAUUGUAAAAUAUUUAGGUAAAAUAUUGCAAAUUUAUUUUGGAAAAUUACCAAAAAAACACAAGCAUAUGAACGUGUG